CUCCAUCCGUGCUAGAGGUUGGAUGUCGUGUGCUACAUGUUAUACUUCUUUCAAUAUUUAGCUUGUGUCGUUGCCCUUUUUAAGGCUUUAUUCAUUUUUAACAUUAUAUGACAAUUGUGAGUGUUCUGCGAGUAAGGAAAGUGUGCAACGUAAGGUUAGCUCAGCUACUGUGCAUUGCCUAAAUGAUAAGCUAAGACCGAAGGUUUGCUGCAAGCAGUGGUGUUGCUGGUGAUGAUGAUGAUGAUGAUGGGGGAAGAAAAAAUAUCGAAUAUUUUGCAUCUUUCGUCUCCAGAAUAAAUGUCCCGGUUAAAUCUUACGCGUUGACAUACGUUCAGAAAGUGAUAUUUUUCACUUCAGGGUCCAUUUCUAGUUUGAUGAUAAAUUAAAUCCACGUCAAAAGCACAAGAGGCAACGCUUUAGAAAUAGCCCUACAUUUGUUAAUGGCUACAUCAAUUUGAGCUUUUUUUUAUUAUUAAUUUCACAGGUUUGACAUCAGUAAAGCCCCAUACGUUACCCAUUUGAAAAAACUUCAAAAAGCACCAUUUGGCUAGAUUGAUUUUUUCAUUCUUGAACUUGGACCCCCUACCCAAGACAUAGUAGUAGCUGACCGCCCCCACCUCUCCCCCACCACCACCGCCCGCACAUUCGAUCGAGCUGAGGGGUGAGAAUUUGGAAGUCUAGCCCCCCCCCCCCCUACUCCUGUCCGUAAGUAACCCCUCGGAGAGCAGCAACAUUGCAAGCAAGCAAGCAAGCAAGAAAUUGCCGUGCCGAGGAACAAGAAGUGAUUCUCUGACUUUUUUUCAUCCCUGCAAAGAAUGAGGCCAUGUGUCUAAAAUACGGCUGUCGUUGCACAAGAUGUCACCAGAUUUCUCAAAAUGGGUCCCCUUACUCCAUCUCUGCCUUGCCUUUGGGGGUGUGGCUAUAAUCGAAGGCAAUACCGAUACAGGUCCGGGGGGAGGGGUUGGUGGAGGUGAUGGAGGAGGCGGCGGAGGAGGAGGAGGAGGAGGAGGAGAAGAAGAAGGAGGGGGGAGCGGCGAAGUCGUCUGUGCCCAGUACAGGGAUCCUGUGGAUUUCGCGCCCUCCUUCAGUUCGGGAAAUCCCGAUUUGUCUCUUGUCGACGCCACCUCCACAAGUGUCAGGUGCCAGAAGGGGGACAAGUGCUUCUCCUACUGGAGAUACGUAGAAGAGGACAACGUCACCGCCAUCCAGUGGAUUCUGAGGGGAUGUUGGUCUCCAGAGAUAUCAUGCCAAAAGUCUUCUUGCACCGCAACUAGUCAAAAAUUGAAUAAUACUUUUUUCUGCUGCUGUACCGGCGAUAUGUGCAAUGAUAAUGUUGAUGUGAUGACAAUUUCAACUCAGCCUCCUGUUGUACCCGAUCCAGAAGAUGAUAAUAAACGAAAUAUGGUUAUAGUUGUGCUGGUGAUAGUCGGUGUUGGAUUUGUUAUGGGAUGUUUGGCUGCUGUUAUCUUUAGGUUUAGAAAAUCUAAACCCCUAGCAAAUGCUGUUCCUGCUGAAGAAACUCCCAAUUCCCCAUCCAUUGAUUUGGACUCUCUGAAAUUUAUGGAAUCAAUUGGUCAGGGUCGAUAUGGAACUGCUUACAGGGCAGUUGUUAAUGGGGAGGAAGUGGCUGUCAAAGUAUUCCCCCAGCAUUAUAAAUCAUCUUUUAUGAAUGAAAAAUAUAUAUAUUCCUUGCCUUUGAUGGAACAUCCAAACUUACUAGCAUAUCUAGGUGGUGGUGAAUGCACUGGUCCAGAUGGUGGUUUGUCAUAUGCUUUGGUUUUAUCCUACUGCCCCCUUGGUCGCCUUAGCUCGUAUCUAGCAGAAAAUACACUUAGCUGGUCCACUUUUUGUCAAAUUGUACUUAGUGCUACCAGAGGUCUUUCUCAUCUUCACUCAGAUAUUAGAAGAGGUGAUAUUACUAAGCCGUGCGUCUGUCAUCGAGACUUCAACACACGAAACUUACUGUUAACUGAAAAUAUGUCUUGUGUGGUGUCUGAUUUGGGCUUUGCUAUACACACACAAGGUGCCAAGUACUACGUCAAUGGGGACGAACAACAUGCUGAAACUUCGUCAUUAACGGAUGUUGGUACAUUACGUUACAUGGCUCCAGAAGUCUUAGAAGGUGCUGUUAAUCUUCGAGACUGUGAAGCAGCUUUAAAACAGAUUGAUAUAUAUGCAUUAGGGCUUGUAUUGUGGGAAUGUGCUGCUCGCUGCCAUGACCUCUACCAAGGACUUCAGCCUCCACCACAUAUGCUGCCCUUCCAAGCUGAGAUUGGUUUGCACCCAUCCUUUGAGCAGAUGCAGGUAUUGGUAGCACGCAACAAAGCUCGCCCUUUGUUCCAUCCUGUGUGGAAAGAUACAAACCCUGCUAUUAGGUUAUUGAAGGAAACAAUAGAAGAUUGUUGGGAUCAUGAUGCUGAAGCAAGACUUUCAGCAAUGUGUGUGGAGGGACGGUUGUCUGAAUUGCCUGUUCUUUGGGAAAGAUAUAAAUCAAGUCUUGGAGUAAAUGGAGUUAGUCCUACAAUCAAUCCUAUGUCUCAUAUGGGUGUUACUCAGCGUCAAGGUGAAAUGUUUAGUGGCCUUAUGGGUAAUGGUGGAAAAGUUAUCAGUAAUGCUCUUACUCCAAGGGAUAAAGAGUCAAGUAUUUCAGAAGCAACAGUAGAAACAACAAUAACAGCUUCAUCCUCUGCUCCAGCUGUUGAACAGACUCUAGGUAAAAAUCAGUUGAUAGGGACACUUCAGCCACCAAUGCCUCCACUUCAGCCUCAUCAAGGUCGUAAUCCGUGCAUGGAGCGUAACCUCAUUAGAGAAGUUCCUCAAGAGCUUAGUGUUUCUGGCAAUACCCUGAUUGAUCACUUGAAAGGAAAUGAUGUUAAUGCCUUGAAUACUAUAAACUCAGUGAAUUUCAUGGAGUCUCUUGAUGUUGCCAGUGUUUUAGAGUCAAAUGGGUUUGUCAAUGAGCAGUUAAUGCCCCUUCUUAAUGGUCAUUCGAAUACAGCAGCAUUAGCACAACAACGGCCGACACUUCCUCCACCUACCCUUGUACCUCCAAUUCCUUAUUUACAAAAUGAAGUGCGUUCAAUAGACAACCAACCAAAGAAACAAAACACAGCUGUCCGUGAAGAAAAUCAAGAGAGUGGUUCAAGUAGUGGACGAGGAAGUUCGUGGAGGCGCUGGAGAAAUGCGUGGGAGGACCGUUUGAAAUCUCUGAUACCGAGAAGGCAUCAUCACAACGGAGAGGAUGAGGAACGGCAGGAGAUAUUAAUAACUCCUACUAGCAGCAGUCUUUCGGAACCUCCCACACCAUUAACUGCAACACAGUCUGUACCUGCUACGUCUCCACAUUUGCCUGUACAGACAGAGGUGUUAUUAACUAAUGGUGGCUUACAUACUGUGAUCUCACCCAAUCAUACCCUUAACACUCAACACUCCUCCUUACCCUCUUAUAUUGCAGAGACUGAAAUAGGAAUUGCAAAAUUGCAUUUGCAAAAUGGAUUUGCACCAGUCAUUAGAUCAAGGCAAGGCUCAAAAGACAGUGGACUAAAUAAGUCAAGUGAGAAUAGUGUAAGUUUUGUAGACAGUGAUAAUUCCUGUGAAAAACUAAAAAGACCUACAACUCUCUCUCUUCCUGAAAAAUCACAUCAAGCAGUAGCUAAUAAUGAGAGUGAGAAGCAACAGGUACUUGCUGAUAAAGAAAGGGACAAAAAAUUGCAAGAGGAAAAAGAGAGUCAUUGUGAGAAAAAACCUGUGCCUGAAACAGAAGUGUCCCCUCCCUUAAGGAAAGCAAAGCAGCGUGUCAAAACUCCAAGGAGGCCUAUGAACCCACGUCUUUCAUUGUACGACGAUCGCAUAAUGGGGUGUAGUGAGGGCUCAGAAGGUAGUGGUAGGGGAGAAUGUAAGUUAGAAGAAAGUCUUUCGCAUUCUUUACCUAUACAUAUGGACACACUGGAACAGCAACAUCAGCAACAGCCUUUCCUUUCUAAACCAGUGAUUAGAACCAUAGCAUCUUCCCAAAGCACUAGCUCUGCUUCACUGAGGCGAUAUUCCAAGGUAGCCAGCUCUAGUAACAAUGAUAGUCAUGGUAGUAGUCAUGGGUCACUAACACAUGAAUACCAUCAUCCCCCACAUCAUCUCUCUCAGCAGCCAAAUAUUAGAGCUACUGGGGAUGUUCUGUGAGGGUAGUCGAGAUGUAAUUAUGGGGCAUCAUGAGCGGCUUAUAGCUUGUUUUGUUAUGUUAGUUCUCUGAUGAUAUCAGAUUUCUGGUGAUUUAAAGCUCUUACAAGAUUCAAAGCAGAGCCACUUAAUAUUUAUGGGUGCAUGAUUCAUCCUUGCACAACUUAAUUCUUGGGCUGUGAUUUUGUUUAUGAUUUAUUUGGUCCAUUUCUUAAGUUGUUCAACCAUGAAAGCUGCAGCAAAUGUAUUUAGUGGAUUUGCUUAGUUUUCAAGUUGAGAGUGUGUGAUGUGAUGUAGCUAAUAUUCCAAGUUAAUUCUUGUAAAUGACUUCUUUAUUAAUCAUGCUGCCAGUAAUAUGGAAAAAAAUUUAUUAUUGUUAGAUUUAGCUAUUGCAUGUUAAGGACAUAUGGGGUUUAUGCCAUAAUUACCUGUUGAAAUGGAGCUUGUGGUUUUACCGUAAGGCUCACCAAAAGGAGAGAUUAGAGCCGGUGGUGGCCUAAUGCCUUUGCCAUGCUUUACUUUCAUCCAGGAACUUACAGAUUUUAUGCUGUUCCCCUUCUGCAAGCUUAGUUUUGUUUCACUUUAUUCUUUACCAGUUUAUAAAAUUUUUUCUUCUCUUUCUACUUGCUCCUUUUACAAGUAUUGCUUAGACUUACAACUGUACUCUUGAAUCACUCAAAAAUUAUUUUCGAUAUUAAAUAGGAAAUUCUGAUCUCAUUACUUUAUUGUAUUUUGUCAAGAUUGUGUGUGCAGAUACUGCUAAAGGAAGCCAAAUUUCCUAUGGGCUUUAAGAAAUUUUCUUUUUAAUUAUCUGCAGUUCAAUGUGUUUAUAUAAUGCGGUAAAACUUUUUUUUUUAAGAAAAAUUUAAAUAAAGAAGAUAAAGCAUUUAAAUAUUUUUGUUCUUAAAAUAUUUAAUUGAAAUAUUUUUGUUUUUAAAAUAUUUAAUUCUUAGUCAUUUACUGUGACCACCCUUGGUGUGGUUCUCUUCAUUUAUAUUUUAAGACUUCUUUACAACUAGAAUUUUGUUAUUUAAUAUACUCAACAUUUUAUCUUGCUAUGUCUUCAGUUCUUUAAUAUAGCAGCAAUGUCUGAUUAUGAUAGGUGGCAGGCAUCCACCUUUAAUAAGUGUUGCUUAUAUAACCUGUAAGUUUUUGUUCUGAUAUGCAAGUUGUCCCUAAUGAUUUGUUCUGAGUAGUAGAAUUACAUUUCUAGUAUGAAUUGUUGGCCAUAUAUGCAAGGAGUAUUUUUUUUCUUUUUAUAUCAGCACAGGUCACAGUUACUGUUGAGGGUUUCAUUUAUAAAGUUGUCUCAACAGCAUGCUGAAAUUGUCUUGAAAAGUGUUAUAAUUGAUGUGGGUCUGAAUGGUAAACAGCUCUAUGUACCAUGUUUUAAUGAAAAUGUACUUUGGUUUAUGUACCUUUCCAGCUCUUGGUGCUCUUUGUUUUUAUCUUCAAACUCUUUUGUCAUGGGUUUUGGCAAAACCUAUUAUAUCGAAAUAAUUUUAAUUCGACAGAGCUACAGACCAAGUGAGUGAUUGUGUCAUUGUGUAUUACAGGUAUUAACAGGGGAUAUAUCAGAUUUCUCCAGUGUGGCUUACAGUUUUACCUUCUAAUGUAGUCUGCUGUGAAGCACAUAUGGCUUGGUGGGUCACCUUCCAAUUAUCAGUAAAACUGUUAGGUCUCCAAAUAGCUUAGCAAGGUGAUAAUAAUAACUGGAUCACAAUUGCUUUAAUGUUCAUAUAGAUUUUUUGUUUAGUCAUGAAAGGACUGUACAUGCUUUUCAUGAAGUUUUAACAGAAGAGAUUACAAAGAAAGAUAGGUAAAAAGGAGAAAUAACCUCAUUGGAAAAAAUAUUUGUUGGUUAUUUGUGAUUGUUUCCAAAGAGGAGAGUAAGAACCAUCUGAAUGAAAUACAUAAUACUUCUACAUUUAUGUGCACAAUUGUAUGUAUAAAAUGUAUAAUCAGAUAUAGAUGUACAUGUAAUACAUAUAUAAUUGUGUAUAGUAAAGUAAUAAAUUCCCAGUUCAUUGCAUACACAUAAAUAUCAAUUUACUUUCAGAAAAUCUGUUUGUACGAGUAAUCUUCACAAACACCUUUUGACUCCUUUUUCCCAGAAAUAGGUUGAGCAUACUUUCUUGAAGUUCUAAUUGUAUGUUGUAUUAUAUUGUUUAAUACAGUACAUUUAUACAAGUAUUAAAAUUAAGUUAAACAAGUUAUUAAUAUUUUGUUUUUCUCAUAAAAAUUUUGUUCAAUUCACCUAAAAAUCUUAAUUAAAAGAACCUUGAAAGUGUACUCAUGCAGGCAGUGCCUUAUGUCAUUUUAAAGAAUAUUGGCAAUCAUACAAGUUUAGAGAUUAUGGUUGUUAACUGAAGAAAUAAAUUUUCCAUCUGUGCUACUAUACUGGCACUAUUUUCACUGGUUUUCUGGCACUAUUAGAUUCUGAAAUUUACUACAAAUAAGUUGUUUAUGGAAAUAAGUACACCUCAUAAGUGGUUGAGAUGGUGUUCCAUCGAGCAAUGAUUUCUAAAGUGCCAUAUAUCCCUGGUUGGUGUUUAGGUGGUUCUUGUGAAAUGGAAAUGGGUUUACUAGUCACGAUCACUUGAGAAGUUGGCAGGAGUAGCUUUGUGAAAGAUACACUUGAAUGAAGAAGUGGAGGGUGUUACGUGAGCUGAAAAUAUUACAGAAAUAGUGAUGAAAGACUGUGUUGGGUAAACUAAGAUAAUAAAGUAUUGUGAAAUAGAUAUUGGGUUAUUUGGUUUUAUUUAUUUUUGUAACAAAUUGCUCUUCUUUCAGAUUUCUAUAAAUCUGCAAACAUUAACUUGCAAAUUAUUGCUUGCAUGUAUAAGAGAAAAGAACAAUAUCAAUAGAAAUAAAUUUUAAAAGAAUAA